AUGCCAGGCGAAGAAGAGUCCCGUUGCGUGGAUGAUUCGGGUGUUGAUUAUGUGGGCGGCUUGGAAGUCGUCGAGGCGGGAGCGGGCGCCGGGGGCUUUGGUGGGGGAGAUUUUGGAGGGGAGGUCGUGGAGACAUUUCACGGCUUUGAUGUAUUGGCGACGUUCGUGAGGGUUGAGCUCGGCCCUGAGUAG